CCUGCUUCUCCUGUGCUUGCCUAAGGAAUCAAACUAGUAGCAGAGCACCCUGGUAGGAGAGUUUAUAGGCAGCUGGAUUUCAAUGGAGAAACCACACAUGUCCAUAUCAGAUAAUUAAGAAACAUCCCAACAAGUAUGGAAUUAUGGAAUUACCAGGCAUAAACGCAACAAGUGAUUUGAGGGGGACACUGGGGACGAGUCGACCGCGUUAUCCUGUUCCUCCUGCCAUAUCACAUUCAAGGAUCCAUCCAAGAUAGCAGCUCAUGUAGACUCCAGCUGCAUGGAGCAGCCCACCUGCUCUUCCAUUACCUCUGCUGUCACUUCUGGUGGCCAAGAUCACGCUGUUGUUUCCUCCUCCUCUUCUUCCUCCUCUGUCGAGAUCCGUCCUGAAAGCCCUCCGAGCAUGGACGUCGAAUCUGGGAGUCUGCUGACAGAUCCGACCCAAGAACCAGGCCCUCCCCGGCCGCCUCCACCUCCUCCGUCACUCCCUCCAACUUCUGCUGUACCUACUGGGCACCUCAACAUCCCCCUCAUCCUGGAAGAGCUCCGGGUCCUGCAACAGCGUCAGCUUCACCAGAUGCAGAUGACGGAACAGAUCUGUCGCCAAGUAUUGCUCUUGGGGUCCCUUGGCCAGGUGAGCUCCUCGCCACCUUCCACAGAGCCAGCACCAGUAGCCUCCCUUCCUCCCAAGCCCCCCUUGCCGGUCUUUUCCAUCAAAACCGAGCCGGGAAGGACCCAAGUUUCCAGCUCCCCGGAAGUGCCCAAACCUGCUUUCUUCCAUCUCUACCACCCAUUCCCCAGCGGGGCUCGAGUCCCCAAAGCUGAGCAGCUCUUGGCUCCAGCCUUUCCCACAGCCACUGGCCUCUUGGCUGCUCAGUGUUUGGGUGCCGCUAGGGGUUUGGAGCAAGCGACUUCUCCCGGCCUGCUGCGGCAAAAGAACGGGGGUGGUGUCCCCACUGAAAGCAGCCUGGAGGAGAAACCAGGUGGGCGCCACAAGUGCCGGUUCUGCGGCAAAGUCUUCGGAAGCGACAGCGCCCUCCAGAUCCACCUGCGUUCCCACACAGGCGAGCGCCCUUACAAGUGUAACAUCUGCGGCAAUCGCUUCACUACCCGUGGCAACCUCAAGGUGCACUUUCACCGCCACCGGGAGAAAUACCCACAUAUCCAGAUGAACCCCCACCCUGUCCCUGAGCACCUUGAUUACGUCCUGACCACUUCAGGGUUGCCCUAUGGUAUGUCGGUGCCACCUGAGAAAGCAGAGCCAGGAGAGGAGACUACUGCACCUCCCACCACCGAACGCAAGGCCCUUAGUGCUACUGAGAGCUUGACUCUGCUCUCUGGAGCUACUCCAUCUGGGGCUUCUCAGGCCCUGCCGAGUUUCAACAAGUUGGUCCUGAUGAAGGCGGUGGAAGCUAAGGGGAAAGGGGAUGAGAACACACCACCGGAAAGGGAGACAGAAGGUGCCCGUCUUCAGCUGGGCAAAUUAGUGGGUUCAUUGCCCAGUUGGGCCUUGUUAGCCAACCACUUCAAAGCUGGUACAGCAGUGGGGCCAUUCCCUUAUGUCCUGGAAGCUUCCCCUUCUGAGACCUCCAAGCUGCAGCAGCUGGUGGAGAAGAUCGACCGCCAAGGGUCUCCUUCUUCCUCCUCCUGUGCUGGACCAGGAGCCACUUCCCAAGCAGUGGCUGGUUCCUCAUCAGCUUCAUCCCCACCUGCUUCUUCAGGCUCCAACCAGUGUGUGAUCUGCUUGCGGGUCUUGAGCUGCCCCCGGGCUCUGCAGCUUCAUUAUGGGCAGCAUGGAGGAGAGAGGCCUUUCAAGUGCAAGAUUUGUGGGCGAGCCUUUUCCACCCGGGGCAACCUGCGGGCUCACUUCGUGGGCCACAAGACCAGCUCGGCAAUCAAGGCUCAAAACUCAUGCCCCAUCUGCCAGAAGAAGUUCACCAAUGCCGUUAGCCUCCAGCAACACGUCCGGAUGCACCUUGGUGGGCAGAUCCCCAAUGGGGCUCUCCUCCCGGAGACACCAAUCCCAGAGGGAUCUAUCCUAGGAGAAGGGGAGAAGCAGCAGCAGCAACCGCAGCAACAGCAGCAAGCAUCUCUUCCACCAGAUGAAGAACUGUCAGAGGAAGAGGAAGAAGAACCCACAGAUGAAGACUCUCUAGAAAGCGCCGGGGAGAAGGUUGAAGGACCAUCCAGUCCUGAACAGGAAGCUCCAGGUCCUGCCAAGGAAGGAGAAGAAUUGGCACAAGUGGAAGAAGAGGAUGAAGGAGGCCCCCCUGAUGCGUCACCAGCAGCACCCCAAAGCCCCCAAUGUCCCAUGCAGGAAGAGGAGGAGAAGGCAGAAGUGGGAAAAGUGGAAGAGGAGCCUUCACCAAAGGAGGAGGAAGAGGAGAAGGAAAAGGGAUCAGGCGGAGAAGGCCCCUCCGAGAAGCAGCCUGGCGGUCAAGCCAAAGAGGGGCUGGCGCUGGCAUGUGGAAUCUGCAAGCAGGUCUUUCCCGACCGGGCUGCUCUGCGUAAACAUGUCCUGACCGCCCAUCCACAGCUCAAUCUUGGCAGCUAUGUGUGGAGCAGCAGCAACCAGGCACGACGUCGCCGCCUGCCCCUUGAGGGCUCCAUGCCUGGGGUCUCAGGGGGCCAAGUCAAGCUUCAGGACUUCCUGGGACGUGACAUACCAGCCCAGCUCGUCGGGGUAGGACCCCUCUCCUUCUGGAACCAGUACACAGCCUUCCUCUCUGGAGGCCUCCCGACCAAGCCGGCCCAUAUGGGUUCUUCUCCCUCUCCUUCCUCCUCCUCUGCUGCUUCCCCCUCCUCCUCUUCCUCAGCUUCCAACCUGGUCACCCAGAGCCUCUUUGGGUCAGGCAGCACAUCUGUGAAGACGGGCUCCAGCGAGGUGAAGGAAAAACCACCCGUAGGGUCUCUAUUGCUGCUCCCUCCACCGCCGCCGCCGCCAGCCCCACCUCCGGAAGUCGUCCCUGAGAGCCAAGGGAAGGGGGAGCAGUAACCUGACUGUGAAAAUAGCUUCCUUGUCAGGAGGAACUGUUUUAGUGAAACCAAGGAUGGGGGGAAAUGAUAAAGCCUACACUGGGCCCCGCAGGAGAUGUGACUCCAGUCUAAUUGUAGCAGCCUUUUAGUCUUUUAAUUUUAAUGUAGCUUGGAGGUCUGCCAGCCAGAAGGCAGGAUCCUGAGAUGGGGCAAGGGAAUAUGGCAAACAUUCCAUGACCUAGGGCAAAGAAUGGGGGCUCAAUCAACUGUAGAGAAAGAUGUCAGGCAGCUCAGUCCAGCAAAGGGAGGGCAGUUAAAAUUUUGAGCUCCCAGCCCACAAAUAAAUGCAGUUUGACAGAAGGACCAUGUCUUGAGCUGUUAUUUCUAGCAAGGGACAGAUUUGGGAUGAAUGGGAUAGCCAACUGAUGGGACAAUCCCAAUACCAAGGGAAUUUGGGGAGAAAGGGCCCCAUCUUGAUUUUCCCAGGUAUGGAGAACCUUAGGUCUUCCAUAUGUCAGACUUUAGCUCCUAUCGUCCUUUACCUUUGGCUGCCCUUGCUAGAGCUGAUGGGAGUUGCAGUUUGAGCACAUCUGGAGGGCCAUUUUUCCCUCUGAAAACAUAUAGCAUCCUUUUCAUUGAUGGAGUGAGUAUAAGUUAAACAGAGGGAAAUGUCCUAUCUCUUGCUUUCAGUAAAUAACAGCCAUCAUCUGAUUAAAAUAAUCUUUGUUGUUCAAUUGAAUGUGGUUUAAUCUAUUAAAUCUGCAUAUAUUUGUAUAUGAAUAAAAAUCAGUACACUGAAAGAAAAAAA